AUGCUUCGACACGCUCAGCACCGUGAAGAUGCUGAAAAAGUCCGAGAUCGCUUGCAUAGAACAGCACCCGAUCGUCAACAAGUAGUUCUCUUGGAUAUGGAACGACAACGAAUGAAUCAAAUCUAUGACCGCCGACUUCAAAUCGAUAUGACUGGCCCAGGAGGUCUACAUCGGCAAUACUCAAAGGCAUUACAACGUCUCAAAACUCACGAACAAGAUAUUAAACAAGACAAGCUCAAUCAAACUAGAAUGUCAUUACCUUCGAUCAAUCAACUUUCGUUAUUCUAUCGAAAUCAGAAACACUGUCUCCCGUCUAUUACCGAAGAAUACUCAUCAUUACCGCAAAUCGAAAGAUCCCAGCCGAAUCCACGACAUUCGCUGACAAGCAAUUCUCCUCCAAAUUCUUCACGUCAUACAAAACCAGUUCAAACACGAUCUUCGAUGAGUAAAAUCAAGUCUAAUGUCAAAUAUUCUCAUUUAUUGUGGAAAAAAUCGUUUCAACAAGUUAUCGCACAAACUAGCGAUGAUCGUCCAUAUCUUCAAAAUCAUGCGCGUCUAAUGAAGCAAGAGAAACGAUCGGUCGAACGAAAACUAAAAGAUUUUCUUCAUUAA